CUACCUAGCGCCCUAGUGGUACGUCCCCCUGCUUCAGUCCAAUCCUCCUGUUCCGCCUGAGCCGCCAUUUUGGUGUCCUGCGACUGUGUUUUCCGCCUGCGCACCGGGAAAGGAGGACAACAUGCCGGCGGGACCCGUACAAUUGCUAGCGCCUCAGGCGCCCGAUGGAGGGCAGCAGCAGAUGGAGGAGGAGAAGAAAGAAGAUGUUAUUCCAUCUAAGCCCAUCGUGGGAAUCAUCUACCCUCCUCCAGAGGUCCGCAAUAUUGUUGACAAGACGGCAAGCUUUGUGGCGAGAAAUGGCCCAGAGUUUGAAGCCAGAAUUCGCCAGAAUGAAAUUAACAAUCCCAAAUUUAAUUUCUUAAACCCAAACGAUCCUUACCAUGCUUACUACCGUCACAAAGUCAAUGAGUUCAAAGAGGGGAAAGCACAGGAACCGUCUGCAGCCAUUCCUAAGGUCAUGCAGCAGCAACAGUCUGUACAGCAGCUUCCUCAAAAGGUCCAGGCUCAGGUCGUUCAAGAGACCAUCAUUCCAAAGGAACCUCCUCCAGAGUAUGAGUUUGUGGCAGAUCCGCCUUCUAUAUCUGCCUUUGACCUUGAUGUGGUGAAACUAACAGCUCAAUUCGUUGCACGUAACGGUCGCCAAUUCCUCACACAACUUAUGCAAAAGGAACAGAGAAAUUACCAGUUUGACUUCCUUCGGCCUCAGCACAGUCUCUUCAAUUACUUCACCAAGCUUGUGGAGCAGUACACCAAGAUCCUGAUUCCUCCAAAGGGAUUACACAUCAAGCUGAAGAAAGAGGCUGAGAACCCCACCGAGGUGUUAGAUCAGGUUCGUUACCGUGUAGAGUGGGCAAAGUUUCAAGAGCGGGAAAGGAAGAAAGAGGAGGAGGAAAAAGAAAGAGAGCGAGUGGCGUAUGCUCAAAUAGAUUGGCAUGAUUUUGUUGUGGUAGAGAUUGUUGACUUCCAACCCAAUGAGCAAGGUAACUUUCCUCCUCCAACAACGCCUGAAGAAUUGGGUGCUCGUAUUUUAAUCCAAGAACGAUACGAAAAGUUUGGAGAAAGUGAGGAAGUGGAGAUGGAGGUUGAAUCUGAUGAUGAGGAAGACGCUAAGAAUGGCAAGAAUGAAGAAUCUUCUCAAAUGGAUCAGGAUACUCAAGUGCAAGACAUGGAUGAAGGCUCAGAUGAUGAGGAUUAUGCUCAAAAGGCUCCUCUUCCUCCAGAGUCGCCAAUGCCUCCACCUUUACCUCCAACUCCAGAUCAAGUAAUUGUUCGUAAAGACUAUGAUCCCAAAGCCUCUAAGCCACAGCCGCCUGCACCUGCAUCAGAUGAGUAUCUAGUAUCGCCUAUCACUGGUGAGAAGAUUCCUGCCAGCAAAAUGCAGGAGCACAUGCGCAUUGGACUUUUGGAUCCACGUUGGCUAGAGCAGAGAGAUCGCUCUAUUCGUGAAAAACAAGGAGAUGAUGAAGUAUAUGCUCCAGGAUUGGAUAUUGAAAGCAGCUUGAAGCAGCUGGCUGAACGCCGUACCGAUAUUUUCGGUGUUGAAGAAACGGCUAUUGGUAAAAAGAUUGGAGAGGAAGAGAUCCAGAAACCAGAGGAGAAGGUCACGUGGGAUGGGCAUUCUGGCAGCAUGGCACGUACGCAACAAGCAGCACAGGCAAAUAUAACUCUGCAGGAGCAAAUUGAAGCUAUCCAUAAGGCUAAGGGGUUGGUACCAGAUGAAGAUGGCAAGGACAAAAUUGGUCCUAGCAAGCCUAAUGAAAUCAACCAACCACCACCACCUUCUGCACCUACCAUUCCUAGUUCUGCACCACCAAUGAAUUCUGCUCCAAGGCCACCUCCACCAGUGUCACUUCACCAACAGAUCAACCCUCCUGUGUCUCGACCACCAACCAUGCCACCACCUAUACGUACUACUAUGGUGUCUGCUGUUCCUAUAAUGCAAAGGCCCCCGAUGGGAUCUGUGGUUCGUCUUCCUCCUGGUUCUGUAUUGGCUGCUCCUAUGCCACCAAUUUUGCACGCACCUAGGAUUAAUGUGGUGCAAAUGCCGCCAAACCCACCCCCAGUGAUGGCACAGAGAGCACCACACAUGAUUGUUCCAGCUGCAUUUGUUCCUGCCCCACCUGUGGCCCCUGUACCUACACCAGCGCCACUGCCCCCAUCUCAUCCUCCACCACCAAUGGAAGAUGAACCAUCUGCCAAGAAAAUGAAGAAUGAAGAGUCAUUAAUUCCAGAAGAUGAGUUCUUGCGUAGGAACAAAGGUCCUGUCACAGUCAAAGUACAAGUUCCCAACAUGCAAGAUAAGACUGAAUGGAAGCUGAGCGGUCAAGUGCAGGCGUUCACUCUGCCUCUCUCUGAUCAGGUCUCUGUAAUAAAGGUUAAAAUUCAUGAAGCAACUGGCAUGCCAGCUGGGAAACAGAAACUUCAGUAUGAUGGUAUCUUUAUUAAGGACUCAAACUCCCUGGCUUACUACAACAUGCAGAAUGGAGCGACAAUCCACCUGGCUUUGAAAGAGAGAGGAGGCCGAAAGAAAUGAGAUUUAAUAACUGCAAAGUUUGGGCUCUAUUUUGACCAUUGUCUGUUCUCUGAGAUUCAAAUACAUAAGUUGCGCUAAUUUAGUUUCUUCAUGUCUGUAUCACAAACAUUUAGUUUUAAUGUUAGAUAUGAGAGAACCUCAUCAUUGCCAUAAAUGAGCAUGCCAUCAUGCAGACUGCACUGUAACAUAUGGAUGAUGUGGAAAAAACUGAUUUGUAUUAAUAAAGUCUCUGAGAAUGAAA